AUGCUGUCUAGGAGAGACAAUAAGCAAAUUCCUUCGCCUCAAUCUCCUUGCAAAUAUGGCGAUUUAAAAAUUAUUGGAAGAGGAAAUUUUGGAGACGUUUAUCGAGCCACUUUAUUAACGGCCAAAAAAAUAGAGUUUGUAGCCAUCAAAGUGAUUAACUUGGAAGAUUCUGGCAGUGACGAUGUAAAGCAAACGGUUAGGGAGAUUCAGUUUUUGAACAAAUUGAGAAAUCAACAUGUGGUAAAGUAUUAUGAAAGUUUCACACAUGAUGCCAAUGUAUUCAUUGUAAUGGAGUAUUGUGGUGGCGGAUCAUGCUCGGACUUGAUAAAGUUUCAGAAAAUGAUUCCUGAAAAUGUUGUUGGAUACGUUAUAAAAAAAGUAUUGACAGGAUUAGCAUAUUUACAUGGAGAGCACAAAGUUCAUCGGGAUAUUAAGUCGGCAAACAUUUUGCUAACUGAGGAUGGUCAAGUCAAGAUUGGGGAUUUUGGAGUCAGCACUGAAAUCACGUUUUCGAAGAAAAAAAGAAAUACAUUUGUUGGAACUCCCUUUUGGAUGGCGCCAGAAGUGAUAACUAGGGGAGGAUCAAAAAGAGGAGGUACCAAAAAGAGUGAAGGAUAUGACUACAAAGCUGAUAUUUGGUCCACUGGAAUUACUGUUAUUGAGUUGGCUACUGGCGCUCCACCGUUGGCAGAACAUGAUCCCAUGAAAGUGUUGUUUGACAUUCCUAAAAAGAAACCACCACAAUUGCGGGGUUAUUACAGCGAUGGAAUUAAAGAAUUUGUAAAACUCUGUGUUACUUCAGACCCCGAGCAAAGACCAAAUUGUCAUGAGUUGUUGCAGCAUAAGUUUAUAACAGAACUACAAGGUAAUAUAAGACAAGAGUUGAUGAGAAUGAUUACCAGGAAGAAUGCCUAUUUCAAUCGCAAAACUUACGCAAAUCCUCGUCAUAAGUUAAAUUGUGACUUGAUUGAGAAUAUUGAUCAUGAUGUUCCCACUGAACUUGAACCUAAACGCGAAAUUGCGUGGGAAUUCACUCGUACAUUACAAAUGCAACUAGAUGUUAUGACACCUGAUUCAUCUAAGGUCAAACAAAUUGAAAGAAUAUUGUCUGAUGAUGCUGAUGUCGAAAGCGUGUAUUCAAAUCUGCGGUCACACAAUGCAAGUUCAGAUUACGCAGCAGCAGCACCAGUUGUGACACCCAAACAACAAGACAAAAGCUUAAUCUUGCUUUAUAGCUUGCGUCAAGUUCUUGCUAGGGGUAAGGAUGAACAAACACAACGAGGUGUUGAGCGACUUAUUGAUGCGAUUAAUCACUUUGAGUUGAAGCAUCCAGGAUUGAGCCACGCCUUGGUGGAAGAAAUCGAGCGAGCUCUUGAAAAAUGA